AUGCNGGGGAAGAAGCUAGAGUCUCAGGUGCGGCUCAAGGAUUCUGAGGUUAUUUUUCUUAGGGAAAAGUUAGAGGAAGCUAAUAAGCGUAACAAGGCAAUUGAGAAGAGAUUAAAUCAAAGUGGCCAACUAGCUGUGCUUGAUAAUGUUCACAUAUCAGGGUUAAGUCCUAGCCAUUUUAUCACAGUUCUUCGCCAUGCGGUUAGGUCCAUUCGCAACUUCGUGAGGGUGAUUGUGGAUGAGAUGAGAUCUGCAGACUGGGAUGUUGAUGCUGCAGUGAAUGCCAUUGAGCAGAAUGUGGUUUAUUUGGCAGAAGAUCACAAGUGUUUUGCAAUUGAGGCAUUUGUUUGCAGAGAGAUGUUUGAUGCUUUCCACUUCCCAAACUUUUCUGUGUCAAAAGAGUCUCUCCCUGAUAGAAGCAGGAGGCAGCAGUGGUUCUAUGGGAGGUUCAAUGAGAUGAAAUCCAUGAAGGCAAAGGACUUCCUUGCUGAGAAGCCAAGAUCAUCAUUUGCAAAGUUUUGCAGGGUGAAGUACUUGAAAAUGGUUCAUCCCAAGAUGGAGUCAUCAUUUUUUGGUAACAUGAGUCAAAGGAACCUUGUGAAUGCUGGAGAGUUUCCAGACACUGCAUUCUUCACAUCAUUUGCUGAGAUGGCCAAGAGGGUGUGGCUUCUACACUGCUUGGCCUUCUCUUUGGAGCCCCAAGCUUCAAUCUUUCAAGUGGGGAAGGGGUGUAGAUUCUCUGAUGUAUACAUGGAAAGUGUGAAUGAUGAAAUCUUCCUGUAUUCAGAAGUGGAAUCAGAUCCACAAGUUGUUUUCACAGUAGUUCCGGGGUUUAGGAUUGGUAAAACUGUUAUACAGUGUCAAGUGUACCUCUCACAGCACCAAAGCAAGGAAAAAAAAAUCACUUCCACAAAGCAAAGGUAGCAGCAGCAGCAGGCACUAGGGGACCCCACAACACAGGUUAUAUUGAACUGGAAGGCAUUCUUUUUAUUUUCUGAGUGAACUUUUUGGAGGGAAAUGAAGGAAUUGUGGGGACUGAGCUCUGGCUAGGAUCACUCACUGGGGCAUCUUUGUCCAUUUGUAUUUUGGCCAUUUUGAAAAGAAAAGCCAUUGGACCGUUGCAUUGGGAACAACCCUUUCUUUAGAAUCUUUCUUAAUUUAUGCCAGAUUUAUCAAAGACAUCCUCCCAAAUUUUCUUAUCAGCCCAAUGACAGGGAUGUCUAGCUGUUAUGCAUCUUUUUUAGACAUUGCAUUUUAUUAUAUGUACAUAAUGAUAUAUAGGUGGGAAUUUUAUAAUCCUCCUCUUUUCCUUUCUUUAUUAA